AUGAGUAAUUUGUGCGACUUUUGUUCAGAGCGGAUCGUUGUAACCGUAGGCUGUGGCCAAAACUUGCCUCCUGCGAACGAAUUAGUUACCCACCAGCCCCACGUGCCCCUUCCACGGCCCAAGGAAGCACAGUGCAACGACGGACAUAACCUACUUGCUACAUAUGCAUUGCACAAGAAGAGCGGGGCAAGUAACAGUGGCAAUUUAUUAUACACCCUGGAACUUCAUUCCAAGUACCAGACACACACGAACACUGUACGUCCAACCCAGAUAACCCUUACACCAGCGAACAUCGAACACACACGUAGUCGCCACUUCCAGCUUCCAUCAAACCAACAAUCUCAGAAAACACAUCCUGUGGCGAAAGAACAACUUCAGAGCGAUCGUGGUUGUGAGUGA